GAAGAGGAACAGAAAAUGAAUAUCUCCAGCUCCUCUUACAAAUAUAAGAACGAAGAAUUCAAGAGGCAGUUCUCACAUCUGCCAGAUUUAGAAAGGCUCGUUGUAGAUUAUGCCUGUGCCCUCCAGAAGGAUAUCCUUCUUCAAGGACGACUGUAUCUCUCUGAAAACUGGCUUUGUUUCUACAGCAACAUCUUCCGAUGGGAGACCACAAUUUCUAUCGCCUUGAAGGAUAUAACCUUCAUGACUAAAGAGAAGACAGCUCGGCUUAUUCCAAAUGCCAUCCAGAUUGCUACUGAAGGAGAGAAGUUUUUCUUCACUUCGUUCAGUGCCAGAGACAGAAGCUACCUCCACAUAUUUCGAUUGUGGCAGAAUGCCUUGCUGGAAAAGAAACUGACUAAGCAGGAAUUCUGGCAACUUGUACAGCAAAGCUAUGGCUCUGAGCUGGGCUUGAACACAGAAGAAAUGGAAAACAUUUACGCAUCGUCAGAAGAGAAUGGACAGUUAAACUUUGGUGAUGAAUCUGGGGAGAAGGAAACACCUAAAACAGUUGGUGUAAUGCGAGAGCCUCCUGCUCAGACAUUUGAAGCUGAAACAGAAUCUCUUAAUGGAAACACUCUGACUGAAGAUACUGACCCAGAGGAAGCUCACUGUGACAAAGAAGAGAGACAUUUUAUUUUUCCUUCAGAAGUGAAGACAGCUGAUGUAGUCCAUCACAAAUGUUCAAGACAGUCACCAGAUCUAAAUGAGAAUUCUCCGGAGGAAAAAGGCAGUGCCUCUGAAACUGAUGGGGAAGUUGAAGAAAACAUCCCGGAUAGGAACCUUCAUGGAAAACUUUUUGUUGAUCGAGUUUUCCAUAUCGGUGCAGACAGAAUGUUUGAAAUGCUUUUCACCAAUUCAUAUUUCAUGCAGAGAUAUCACAAUGCCAGAAAUAUAACAGAUCUUGUGUCAUCCCCUUGGAAUACAGAAAGUGGGGGCAAUCAGCAGAGGACCAUGACAUACACUAUUGUAUUUAACAAUCCAUUUUAUGGAAAAUUCACAACUGCAACAGAAAAACAGGUCCUGCUUAAACGGAGUUACAAAGAUCCAUCAUAUUGGGUACAAGCAGAGGUGGCAACACAUGAUGUACCGUACCAUGAAUACUUCUACACUGUCUAUAGUUAUUGUGUAGCCCCUGUGUCCAGUCAGAAGUGCAAACUGCGAAUUUCCGCAGAUGUGAAAUAUAAAAAGCAACCAUGGGGACUUGUGAAGACUCUAAUAGAAAAGAAUACAUGGAGUAGGAUACAAGAAAAUUUUAAGCAACUUGAAUCAGAAUUGCUAAUGGAACAGUAUUCAAUAAGCAAAACAAUAGAAGACCCAGGAAAACUAGCUGCCUUGAGGAAGAGGAGAUGGACUUUACAGCGGAAUAUGGGAGAAAUGCUUCCUAAAUGCUCAGCACAAUAUCCCUCUCCCAACACUGAUGCACCUUCCCGUGGUGAUGUAGGAUCAAAAAAAGAUGCUACAAAUAAGACCAUCAUCAUCAUAGUGGUAAUGAGUAUCUUUUUACUCUUACUGGUCUUGCUGAAUGUGACAUUGUUCCUGAAACUGUCAAAGAUUGAACAUGCAGCUCAGUCAUUUUAUCGUGUUCACGUUCAGGAAGAAGGAUCAUCAAACUCUCAAGACUGCUUUUAUUCUCCUCUCAGUUUAGCCCUUAAUGUAGCAUCAAGAGAGAAAACCCCUCGGCAUAGCACAGAUCAAGUUCAGCACAUGAAAGGGGUUCUGAAAGAUUCUAUAGAAUUGCUUGAACAGCUGAAGAACUCCCUUUAUAUGCUCCAAAAUAGUUUUGAUCACUUAAACAAGACCAGAAGCAGGAAGCCGGAAAGUUGAUGUCAUCAAAACCAACUACUCUGGAGAAGAUAUGGAGUAGCUAAAAUCCUGUUGCUUUGUGUAACUUUCAGUGUAUUUUGACCUGGCAAAUUAAAAAUACCCACCACAGUCUUCAGAGGUGGCACAAUCUUUUGUUUACCAGCUGGGAGCAGAUUUUUGUAUGCCAAGCAACAGGAUUUCAACCAUUGUGAAACCAUUUAUUUUCCUUACGUUUCUCCCCAGCAAAUGCUUGCACAUCUAAUAAAUACCUGUCAAAUGUGUUCAUUUUCCAAUUUUCUGUCAGCCAGUGAAUCCUCCUGAUGUCUUUUGUGAACAAUUUCCUGAACUGUGAAUACCUGGUGUGAAGGAAUAACAGCACUCUGUAGUCUGAUAAUGAUGUGAUAUGCAGUUUGAAGAAGCAAUGAAAAAGAUGUGUGCAGUAGAUUUGUCAUGCAAGGUUUAGUAUAUGCAAAGGAUUUCCUUUGUGAUCUGACAUUAAAACUAGCCAUUCUUCUAUGCAACAAAUUUGAAAAGUCUGUACAAAUGUUCUAGAAAUCCAUUUACGUAUCUGAAUUUAGUUUGGGUUGUGGUUGUUUUUGUUCUUAUGGGUCUUUUGCUUUUACAGGUCAUAGCAGUCCUACCUCCUUCUAUCCCAUAUCAUUUCAGAAUUUCUCAGGGAGCGUACAAAAGCUAUAUUAAAAUCGUUUAGAAUACUUUCAAAAGGCAAUCAUUGUAUUCAUCUAUUUUGUAUACAGACUUCUCAGAGAUGUUGUAAAAAAUAGGUUUAUAAUGUUAUGUAUUUCAAGUCCCAGGCAUCCUUUUUCCUUUUAGUUGGGUUGCAUCAGUUCUGCAGCAUAAAUUAUUAGUUCGCCUGUCCUUUGCUACCAUGAAUCAGAAAUUGCCUUUCUUUCUUAUUGAUAACACGUUUCUUAUCAGUCAUUUAACAAGACUAGGUUUUCUAAGUGUACCUUCAGAAAAAUAAAAACAAAAUAAAUUAAGAGCGUGGAACAAAGAAAAAUAUGGACUCAUUGCCUAGUUCUGGCAGUGCUGUGUGUCUGUGUGUCACUAGGUUUGUGACUUCUCUUUAUGAGGCUUUAAUUUCCACCAGCCUUCCAUCUAGAGUGCAUUUUUCUUUGUUUGAAUGAGGAACAAGUGUUUUUUUUUUGAUGGGCCAAGAUUUUUUUAAAAAUACAAAAACAUACUGUUCAUAUGUCAUAAAAACAGAAAUGUAUUGUAGUAAUUAAUGACAAGCUACAUGUUUUCAUAGAAACAUAUAGUUUCAUAAUUUUAAGAUGAUUAAUAAACAUAAAAACUGGUAUAAUGUCUGUAUGCCCCUCUUUCCCUUAGAGCAGGUAAUAUGAUUUGAGCAUGGGGUUAAACCUCUUAUCUACAUUGAUAUAGUAUUAUGGGAAACUUUGUGACCAAUUACAAGCAUUCUGUGAAGUUUAUAAUGAAGAGAUCUAAUAAAGUUAUCAGAAAGCUACUGUGGGUUACUGUAGCUUAAUUACUUUGUCUCUUUGAACAUAAAUGCUUUCAGAGACAAUGGAAUGGCCUCAUUAAACUGCAAUCCAAAUAUUUUACUAGGAGUUAGAGGUAGCUCCAUAUGAGGCUUUUUUGAUGUACUUGCCCUGCCUUUUUCAGGGACAGUUACAUAAUACAAUUUUACAGCUUUACAGGGGUGAGAUGUCUUACUGUCCCACCAUGUUUUCCCAUUGCUUCUUCACUCCCCGCCCCACUUCUCAGGAAAAGAAGAAAAGACAUAACACUUACAGAAUGUCUUUUGAUCUGCAGCAAUAGAAGCCCUGUUAUCUCA